AUGACAAACCUGACCAUGGAGUACAUAGAAGAGAAAGCAAUCAGCUCCUUCUCGCCGCGACCCAGGCUUUUUCUGCGUUAUAUAGACGAUUGCUUUUGCGUCAUUAAGACAGCUGAAGUUGAAAACAUCGGACAACACCUAAAUUCUGUGAAUCCAGCCAUACAAUUGACGACCGAGUGUGAAAGCGACCACUGCCCGCCCUUUUUCGACGUCCAGGUGGCAAGAAAGCGUGACGGCCUGGAGUUCUUCAUUCAUAGGAAGCCAAUGCACACUGGCCACUACCUUCAAUUCGAUUCUUCCCACCCCGGCGGCCACAAGGCCGUGGUUGUGACCACGCUAUUUGAGAGUGCUAGGAACUUGUGCUCUAAUGACCCCGAGCGAAAGAAAGAGGAGGCCGCGUAA